GUCACUAGUUUGUUUACGGAAACCAUGGCAUACCCCACUCUCAAUGCAAAUAAUGGUGCCCACCGGAGACAGAAUCAGACGUGAGUCCUCUAUGGUGUAAUCUCCAUCUCUUUAAACCAAAUAAAGUGACCGUUCACAGUCACUUCAGACCCAAGCAAGUUAAGUGAUAAUUUCAGAGAGUUUCCACUGCAACUUGAGUGAGUUGAUCGUCCAAAAUGUCUCGAUUACCGGGAGGAGGUGGGCAGCGGCACGUCGAGUAUAACCUACCGGGCUCAUGCUCUUCCAGCUCGGUAGGGCUUCAGUCUAUCAGCCUGCCUGCGGGCAACUUGCCGCACUCCCAGUCAUGGACGGUGGUGCCGGAGUUUAAUAUGUCACUCAGACAACAGAGAGUCUUGGAUCCCUUCGAGACCUGGAAAUAUGACGUCAAAACACAAAUUUCACAGAUGGCUGAUAAAUUGCAAGAAUCAUUGGAUCAACACCCAGACCCCUCCACAAGACAACUCGGUCUGGAUCUGACAUCACAGACAAGGGAACCUGACUUUGAGAGAAGGAAAGCUGAACACAUGAAGAGGCAGACUAGAACAAUCACCAACUCACUUGCUUAUGGUCUCGGAAGAAAAUAGUCUGGCAUCCUGUUGAUGGGUUUGAUAUCAUCGUGUCAAGUUCAGGUUCCAGACACUGAGUAAGGGUGAGAAUGGAGAAACCAGAAGCGAUAAACUCCUUUAUUGGUCGAAUCAAUUGAAGAUCUUUAGUGAACAAGGAAGCUUGUUGAUUGGUUGGCCCUUCCCCUUCUCCUUCAAUACCAUGACCGGUACAAGCUGGAGUA